AUGACUUACAAUGUCUACACCCUGGAGCGCAUCGGAGGCGGUAGCCGAAACCACGUCGCAAUCUUCGUCGAGACUGGCCCAGACAAGGGCGGCCGACUGUUCCACGUCACCGGUAAUAUCCUGAGCGGGAUGUUCUAUGAGACGAGAGAGUGUGGAAACCCUACGGAAGAAGUACCAUAUAUCCCCGAUUCCAUGAAAAUGAUCGGCACGGUUGACCGGGAGAGCAUGCCUCACUUCGAAGCCGCCUGUGAGGCUGUGGAAGUCCCGGGCCCUCAGCUGAACCUCCGUGGGAAGCAAAUCGACAUCUCGAAGCCGGUUCGUCGCUGCAGUGAGUGGGUUCACGAGGUGAAGGAGAAACUCAUUGCGGACGAGAUCGUGAAGCCUCGAAGAAUGGGUACGGGUGAUGGAGCUUCCUAG